GCUCUCCAACCCGCCCGGGAGGCGGCACGGCCGGCCCAGCCACAGCGCCCGCUGCCAGCAGCCAGCCCCGACCCGCCGCGCCGCCAUGCCGCCCCGGCGCGCUGGCCUCUGGGAAGGCGGACGACACCACUCCUCCAGCGGGGGAGACGCCGGUACCGCCUCUCUGCGGCGGUGGUACCGCCCGGCCCCGCCCCCCCCCCGCUGCCCGGACCGCGUGGUGCUGCCCGUGGCGCGGCGCUUCCAAAGGGAGAGCGGGAGCCGCUGUCGGCCGGGAAAGAAUUGCUCGUUCGCCAUGAGGCCGCCCAAAGUGGUGCCGUGGCGGCGGCUGGUUGGGGUGUCCUUCGGGAUGUACACGGCCGAGGAGAUCCGGAAGCUGAGCGUGAAGCCCAUCACGAACCCGCAGUACCUGGACAACGUGGGCAAUCCCGCUGUGAAUGGGCUCUACGACCUGGCCUUGGGACCCCCCGACUCCAGGGAAGUGUGCGCCACUUGCAUGCAGAACUUCAGCAACUGCCCCGGACACUUUGGCCACAUAGAGCUGCCUCUGCCUGUGUACAACCCCCUGUUCUUCGAUAAAUUGUACCUUCUGAUCCGAGGCUCCUGUUUGAACUGCCACAUGCUGACCUGCCCUCGAGCUGUGGUUCACCUGCUGCUGAGCCAGCUGAAGGUGCUGCAGAAAGGGCUGCUCCACGCUGUCCACGACCUCGAAAUCGUUCUGAACAGGUUUGUAGAGCAGUGUGCAGAUGCAACAGGCUCAGAAAUUGAGGAAGAGUUGAAUCGCCACGUGCAGGAAAUGUUACAGAGCUCUCAAAUAAGGGAUCGGUGCUCAAAUGUCAAAAAUGUGUGUGAGUGUAGAAAUAAACUGAUAUCACAGUUCUGGAAAGCACACAUGGCUUCAAAGAAAUGCCCAAACUGCAAAUCCAGGAGAUCACUGGUGCGAAAGGAGCACAACAGCAAGCUGACAGUAACCUAUCCUUCUACAGUGUACCAUAAGUCAGGAGAGGAAGGCAUUCUGGAUGAAACAGCAGGUAUUGAUGAAAGCCAGUUAGGGAAGAGAGGAUACCUGACACCAAUGACUGCCAAGGAAUACAUCCUGGCUCUGUGGAAGAAUGAAGGUUUCUUUCUUCGUUAUCUCUUCCCUGGGAUGGAUCCCAAUGAUAGUUCAGGAUUCAGUCCAGACAUGUUUUUUUUAGAUCUGCUUGUGGUUCCACCUUCAAGGUAUCGUCCUGUAAAUCGCCUUGGAGAUCGCCUGUUCACAAACGGGCAGACUGUGAACUUGCAGGCUGUGAUGAAAGAUGCCCAAUUGAUAAGGAAGCUCUUGGUUUUCAUGGCCAAAGAACAGUGUCAGCCAAUAAAAUUUACAGAAGAAAUUCAAACAGAGACAGGAGAGGAUAGUGAACCUCUGGACCGUUCUGUGCUGACCACAAUUCCAGGACAGAGCAUUGCAGAUAAGCUGUACAACGCCUGGAUACGUCUCCAGAGCCAUGUCAACAUUGUGUUUGACAGUGACAUGGACAAGCUGAUAACAGAAAAAUACCCUGGUAUUCGUCAGCUGUUGGAGAAGAAGGAAGGGCUGUUCCGCAAGCACAUGAUGGGGAAGCGCGUGGAUUUCGCUGCUCGAUCCGUCAUUUGCCCCGACAUGUACAUUGGGACCAACGAGAUUGGCAUCCCCAUGGUAUUUGCCACCAAACUGACUUAUCCUCAGCCAGUCACUCCCUGGAAUGUCAAAGAGCUGAGGCAGGCUGUCAUCAAUGGCCCCAAGGUGCACCCUGGGGCCUCCAUGGUCAUUAACGAGGACGGGUCUCGCACGGUGCUGAGCGCCACCAGCCUGACCCAGCGCGAGGCCAUCGCCAAGCAGCUCCUCACCCCCUCCUCAGGGGCACCCCAGACAGGCCUGAAGAUUGUGUGUCGGCACAUCAGGAACGGGGACGUGCUGCUGCUGAACCGCCAGCCCACGCUGCACAGACCCUCCAUCCAAGCGCACCGCGCCCGCAUCCUGCCCGGGGAGAAGGUGCUGAGGCUGCACUACGCCAACUGCAAGGCUUACAACGCCGACUUCGAUGGGGAUGAAAUGAAUGCCCAUUUCCCACAGAGUGAGCUGGGCAGGGCAGAGGCCUACACCUUAGCCAUCACUGAUAAACAGUACCUGGUGCCAAAGGCAAGUAGAACUGCCAGAGAAAUUUAUUUCUAGAUGCAUCUAGAAAUUACUUUUGUUUAUUUUGUCUCAUGAUAAAUGGGAUUUUUUUUUUAAGGCUGUUUACUUACUUCUGAGGUUUAUUUCUUGCUUUUAUCCAGGGGGAUGAUUAUACAAAAAAAAAAAAUAAUUCCUGCCCCUCAUCCUGCUUCUUUAUAGGUUGUUUCCACAUUGUUAAUAAACAUCAUUCCAGACAACCAUGCUCCACUGAAUUUGACUGGGAAAGCAAAAAUUGGUGGCAGAGCCUGGGUGAAGGGACCUGCAAAAGGAUGUCUGAAUCUUGAUUCAAUGUGUGAAUCUCAGGUUAUUAUCAAAGAUGGGGAAUUACUGUGUGGAGUGCUGGACAAAGCUCACUUUGGCAGCUCUGCCUAUGGGCUGGUCCACUGCUGCUAUGAGAUCUAUGGGGGUGAAACCAGUGGGAAGGUGCUGACGUGUCUGGGGCGCCUCUUCACUGCUUACCUGCAGCUGUACAGGGGAUUCACCAUGGGGAUUGAAGAUAUUUUGGUUAAACGUGAAGCAGACCACAAAAGAAAAAAAAUCAUUGAAAGGUCAAGGCAGAGUGGUAUUGAAGCCGUUAGAGCUGCUCUUAAUUUGCCAGAAACAGCAUCAUGUGAGGAGGUCCAAGGGAAGUGGCAGGAUGCCCAUCUCUGCAAAGACCAGAGGGAUUUUAACAUGGUUGAUAUGAAAUUCAAGGAGGAAGUAAACAAUUACAACAAUGAAGUCAACAAGGUUUGCAUGCCCCUUGGUCUCCACAGGAGCUUUCCAGAGAACAAUUUGCAGUUGAUGGUGCAGUCAGGAGCCAAAGGAUCCACUGUAAACACAAUGCAGAUUUCUUGUUUGCUGGGCCAGAUUGAGCUGGAAGGCCGAAGACCCCCACUGAUGGCAUCUGGCAAAUCACUGCCAUGUUUCCAACCUUAUGACUUUUCCCCUAGCUCAGGAGGAUUUGUGACUGGCAGAUUUCUCACUGGAAUCAGACCUUCUGAAUUCUUCUUUCACUGCAUGGCUGGCAGGGAAGGUCUUGUGGAUACAGCUGUCAAAACCAGCCGUUCUGGGUACCUGCAAAGGUGUAUCAUAAAACAUUUGGAAGGACUGGUAGUUCAGUAUGACCUGACUGUACGAGACAGCGAUGGCAGCGUGGUGCAGUUUCUGUAUGGAGAAGAUGGGCUUGAUAUCCCUAAAACUCAGUUCUUGCAACCUGAGCAGUUUCCUUUCAUUGCAGAAAACUAUGAGGUAAUCCAGAAGACAAACCAUCUGGAUGAAGCUUUAGCAAGGAUGGAGUCUCACCAAGCUAACCAGCAGUUCAAAGCCAUCAAGAAGUGGCGAGCCAGACACCAAAACUCUGUGCAGAGAGAAGGAGGCUUUCUGUUGUUUUCCCAAAAGAAAUUGGCAAGUUUGAAAGCACAGCUUCCAGGAGGUGAAAUAAAGAAUGGAAGAGAUCCUGCUACUUUACAGUUGUUGAAGAUGUGGUAUGAGCUUGAUGAGAAGAAACAAAGGAAGUAUCUGAAGAAGACAAAUAAGUGUCCUGACCCAAGCCUUGGGGUUUGGCGUCCAGAUACUUAUUUUGCAUCAGUUUCAGAAACAUUUGAAAAGGGAGUUGAAGGCUAUAUCAAUAAAUGGGAAUCUGAGAACAGCCGGAGCUACAUGCACCCAGCACUUUCUUCUGAUAGAUUAAAGGAUCUGUUGUAUUUAAAGUGGCAGCGUUCUCUCUGUGACCCAGGAGAAGCUGUGGGGCUUCUUGCUGCUCAGAGCAUUGGGGAACCUUCAACACAGAUGACUCUAAACACCUUCCACUUUGCUGGCAGAGGUGAAAUGAAUGUCACAUUGGGUAUUCCAAGGUUGAGGGAAAUACUGAUGGUGGCCAGCUCAAACAUUAAAACACCGAUGAUGAGUGUUCCUGUGCUCAAUACCAAGAAAGCUCUCAAAAAGGUGAAACAGCUUAAGAAACUGCUCACAAGAGUGUGCUUGGCUGAGGUCUUGGAGAAAGUGGACAUCGAGGAAUCCCUGCAUGUGAAGCACAAGCUGAACAAGCAUCGCCUCUACAAAAUCAAAUUCCAUUUCUUGCCCCACGAAUGUUACCGAGAGGAGAAGUGUGUGAAGCCCAGGCAGAUCUUGCACUUCAUGGAAACAAGGUUCUUUAAAGUUCUUCUGGAAGCAAUUAAAAGGAAGACUACAAAGAUGGCGUCUUUUAAUGAAGUCAGCACUCGGAAGACAACUCGGAAGGAUUUAGAUGAUGACCAAGACAAGACAGUGAAUAGUUUGGAAGCUGUGGCAGAGGAUGAAGAGAACAUUGUUGAUGCAGAAGCUGAUGAAGGGGAUGGUGAUGCUACAGAAACAAAACGGAGAAAGAACCAGGAAGAAGAGGUUGAUUAUGAGAGCGAAGAAGAGAAUGGGGAAGAAAACGUUAAUGAGAAUCCAGAAGAUGAAGAGGCUGAAUCUGAAAAAGAAGAAGGCACUCCUGGUGCUGAAGAGGAUCAGAACAGAGCAGAGGGUGAAGAUUCUCAGCAUCUUUCCAUUGUGUCUCAGACUAAAAAAGGGAAAGAUAGAUUGCUUCAGUCAGCAGAGGUGCGAGUGAGCGCUGUUGUGGAGAGCCACCCAUCCAUUCAGGAUUACACCUUUGACACCGAGAAUGAGCUUUGGUGUGAGGUUUCCUUGGCACUGCCACUGACCAAGGUGUACUUUGACCUCUCCUCCCUGCUGGCAUCCCUGGCGCGCAGCACGGUGAUCCACGAGGUGAAGGGCAUCACACGCUGCCUGCUGAACGAGAGUACCAGCAAGGAGGGAGAGAAGGAAUCUGUUCUCCAGACAGAAGGGAUAAACCUGGCAGAGCUCUUCAAAUACUCUGAUAUAUUGGACCUGAACAGACUUUAUUGCAAUGAUAUCCAUGCCAUGGCUAAGAAUUAUGGAAUUGAAUCAGCCCUGAGAGUGAUUAUAAAGGAAAUAAAAGAUGUAUUUGCUGUAUAUGGAAUUGUGGUAGACCCUCGACACCUUUCACUUGUGGCAGAUUACAUGUGUUUUGAAGGAAUUUAUAAACCACUGAAUCGCAUUGGAAUUCAGUCCAACUCCUCCCCUCUGCAACAGAUGACGUUUGAAACCAGCUACAAAUUCUUGAAGGAUGCAACAAUAAUGGGUGCCCACGAUGAGCUGCGAUCCCCUUCGGCCUGCCUGGUGGUUGGAAAGGUUGUCAAAGGAGGAACUGGCUUGUUUGACCUCAAGCAGCCCCUGGCAUAGAGUUCUGGUGGGAACCCGAGGAUCUGGUUGAAAUGUUCAUCAUGAGAGCUGCACGUGCUCCACAGCUACGCAGUGAGGGCACGAGCUGUGUCUCCAGAUGCCUUUCCUGUGCCAAUAGGUUUCCUUAUCUGGAUACCCAAUGAGCCUUAUCUAUUUAAUGAGUAUAGGAGCUAUCUUUUGAUCCAAAGAUACACUUAUUUACAGUUCAUCAAUGUGGAAAAUGAGGUUGUUUAUAUAGAAAAGAAUAAAAUGCAGGAGUUAGUCUGGGGCUGUGCAGCUGUUCUGGCAGGCAGAAGUGAAAGCAGAAUCUGUUUAUGCUGUCUGACUUCUGUGGGGCUGUCUGACAUCAGAGUGGGGUAGUGCCAGUUGCCACGUGGUCAUUAACAUGACAGAUUUCCAGUACUGGAAAUAGCAUUCCAGACUGGCAGGUGGAGCUGGGCACUGCUGUGCUGAACCUCAACACUGCAUUGGAGCAUUGUGCUCGAGGUAUUUCCUCUCCUUUUGCUGCCCUGGGAUGCACUGACAUGAACUUGUAUAAACUUCAGAGAAUGCAUUUUCCUAUUCUGCUGCUUCAUUUAUUAAGAAGAAUGUGUCUGUGACACAGUUCUUAAAUUUCUUUUAGCUGAAGAGUGGAAUUCAGAGUUUUCACAGUUUCUAUAGGCAUUUUCCAAUGUUCUUUUAACUUCUUGGGGUAGAAUAGAUCUCACACAGUGAGAGAUUUGAUUUUUGCUAAAGUUUUAUUCCUUAAAUGCCAACAUGAGCUGCUGUAGGAGUGACUAUGCAAAAGACUCCUGUAAGAAUUACCAAAACAGAAAUUUUAAACUAUUUUUGCUUAAAUAUUCUGUAUCAAAGAGGUUAUUUAAUAAAAUAAAUUGUGAAGAAA